AUGACGGGAAUUUUACCAACAUACCAGCGUUUUGUCAAUGGGGUUCCUGUACCUUCUAUAUCUCGUCGUUCAUUUCGGCUUCGAGAAAAAUAUCUAAUUAUUUCAGUACUUUUGACAUUUGGAAUCGUGUGGCUAGGGGCACUCUUCUACUUACCAGAGUUUAAAAGUUCUAAUAGCGUAAAUGACAGUGUUUAUAAUGUGUACAAACGUAUUCAGAAAGCAGGGCCGGAGCUCCUUAUGCCGCCUCCUUUGGCGCAAAACGAAGUGGGGGACUUUCCAAUAGUGGGUAUCGUCCGCCACGGCGAGGAAGGUGACGAUCCACAUGUAGUUGAGGAUCGAAAUCGCUUGAGAGCAAAAAUCGACGAAGACAUGGGCAUGAAAGUUCUAGAGAGACCACAGUUUGACGUGGCGCCGUCUAUAUCUUCUUCUAGAGGCCCAAGUAAGCAGCCCGUAGAUGCUAUUGAAGAACCCAAUGUUGGUGGCAGUGCAAAGGGUGUGUCACCAUCAGGAGAGAAGGCUGUUAUGGGUUCCAACAAAUAUGUCUUACCUGUCAUGGACUCUAAUACUGAUCCUGAAAUUAGACACAAGCGUGAAACUGUAAAAGAGGUAAGUGAAUUAUAG